AUGUCGCUCAAGUAUUCCUUAGCAAAAGAAAUGGAUGAUAAGGCGAAGCAGAUGAAGGAUCUCAAAGACAAUCCCCCCUCUGAGCCAUUUUCCCUGCCGAAACCACCUCCUAAUCUCAGUGAUCAAUUUUCUUCCAAGGAUGUCAUGGACUUCAAAUCAAGGGAGUCAAUUUUUAAUAGCCUUUUCGAGGCUAUUAAAGAUGGCAAGAAUAGGAUGGUGGGCCUGUAUGGUAUUGGGGGCUCAGGUAAAACCACCUUGGCAAUCGAAGUGGGUAAGAAAGUUGAACGGCUGAAGCUUUUUGACAAAGUGGUCCCGGUAGUUGUCUCUCGGCCUCUUAAUGUUAGGAACAUCCAAGAACAAAUAAAAGGAAAAACGGGUUUGAAAUUUGAGGAAAAUAUUGAAGCAAUCAUAGCAGCGAGGCUAUUAACUGAAUUCAAAAGGAUGAAAAUACUUAUAAUCUUGGACGAUGUUUGGAGCGAUCUAAAUCUCCAAGAAAUUGGUAUUCCGAUUAAUGAAAAUUGUCGCGUUUUGUUAACUACUCGUCGUCUAGAUGUUUGUCGCUAUAUGGGUUGUGAGGAAAAUUUUGAAUUGCCUCUCUUGAUUGAGGAGGAAGCAUGGGAUUUGUUAAAGAUGCAUGCAAACAGAACCCAUGACUCAUUGAAUGAGUUUGUUGGUGUGGGAAAGAAAAUUGUUGAUGAGUGCAAGGGACUACCUAUUGCAAUUGUGACAGUGGGAAGGGCAUUAAGAGGAAGAGGAAUUCUGGACUGGAAGCGAGCACUAUGGAGGCUACAACAAGCCCUACCAUUGGAUAUUGAUGAGAGUUCAAAGGGCCCUUAUGCAUGUCUCAAAUUGAGUUAUGAUUAUUUGCCAACAAGUCUAGCAAAGCAACUCUUCCUAUUGUGCUCUAUGUUUCCUGAAGAUCAUCAAAUUCAUAGAGAGGAUCUUAUUCGAUUUGCCAAAGGGACUUUGAAAUUUGAGGGGAAUAUUGUUUAUGCAGUGGAGGAUGCAAGGAGGGAGAUUUUAGUAAGCAUCAACAGUCUAUUAGAUUCUUGUUUAUUAAUGCAUACAAAUGAGCAAGCAUGUCUAAAAAUGCAUGAUUUAGUUCGGGAUGUAGCUUUAUGGAUUGCAAGGGAGCAACAUCAAGCAAUUUUGGUGGAUAGCGAUGCGGUUUCAAAAAUGUUGGCUGAAAAUGGAAGUUUGAAAGAGACAAAGGUAAUAUCAUUAUGGAAUCUGGAAGGUAAUUGUUGGCAGUCUAAUCAAUUGCAUUGUCCAACACUUGAGGUUCUGCUACUUCAUCCCAAAGGGUUCAUUGAAGAUCUUGGAGGGAUUGAAGCACUCAAAAUCUUGGUCCUUGCAACAUCUAGCUUUCAAUGGGAAGGACUUGGUUGGCAUACACAAAUUCAUUGGUCAAUGCCGCAAUCAAUUGUGUCAUCAUUAAUUAAUCUUCAUACCUUAUGCUUAAGAGGAAUUGCAUUGGGUGACAUCUCUUUUCUAGGUCAACUCAAAGGAUUAGAGAUUCUUGACUUGCGUGGUUCUCAAUUUGAUGAAUUACCUAUUGGAAUUGUAGGUAUGAAAAAAUUGAAGCUGUUGGAUGUGUUUGGGUGUGAAAUUGAGAAAAGUCCUUUUGAAGUUAUUGGAAGAUGUGAGCAACUUGAAGAAUUAUACUUUUGGGAAAAGAAAUCUGCCAUCCCAGAAAAUUUCUCUCUUUCAAGGUUGAAGAGGUUGAAGAGGUACGUUAUCUAUAAUGUCGCAUCAUUGAGUAUUUCUAGAUAUCUACAUCCUCUUUUUCUAGAAUAUUGUGAUACUCACUGUAUUGAAGAACUGAGAGCUUGGUGCAUACAAGGCUUCAAAGUCUCUGUUUCGGAUUCAUCAAUGAAAGAUCUCAUUCUUAGACCAAACUGCCUUUGGCUAGACAAUUGUAGGUGGGAUCUUAAUGAUAUAAAUUGUGAAAUAAAGCACUUAGCAAUUUCAUGCUGCGUGGAGAAGAGAUUCAUAGCUGAUAACCUUAGUACCAACAUUCUUCAAACAGGACAAGUGUUCUCCCACCUGAUUAGUUUAAGAUUGAUAAACAUGAAUAGUCUUGAAGGAGUGUUCCAAGAUUCAUCGAUCACAUGUUCUCUCCUGAUGUUACAAGAGUUGUUUCUAGAGAGGUGUCCAGAAUUGGGAACCUACAUCUUCACCCAUGCCACUGUUACAAGCCUACCGAAGCUGAGGAAACUUGAGAUUGAGGAUUGCAGCAAAUUGAAAUGGCUAUUCUCUUAUUCUCUAGCUUCUCAGUGUCCUUCGCUAGAGGAAUUGCUAAUAAAGGAUUGUCCUAAACUUGAGAGGCUCACUGAUGAAGAAGAUGCGCAUGGUGAUUGUCUGCUGCAACAAAGGGAGGCCCUUCAAGACUAUCCAUACGGGAAUCAGAUUGUGGUCACUACUGCGGAAAGCUCCCACCAUUCACGAAAUCAGAAACUCUGGACCCCUUUCCUAAGUUUGAAAUAUGUAGAUAUUGAAAGAAGCGGAAUGAAAGGUACUCUGUUUGAGGUUCACCAAGUCAGAGGAAUAGAAUCCAUUGAAGCAAGCGACGAACCUUUGACAUUGAAUUCAGAGUUGCGUUCAUUACAUUUAUCAGAUCUAGGAGAGUUGGAAUAUAUUUGGAAGGGUCCCACACGAAGUGUGAGCCUUUAUAGACUUAAAGAUGUUGCAUUGUGGGACUGCUCAAAGUUGAGGAAUGUUUUCACUCUUGCAAUUGUCACAAGCUUUCCAGAAUUGAAGACAUUACGAGUACAGUCUGGUGAGGAAUGGAAGGGAAUAUUUUGUGAAGAAUCACUUGAAAGUCUUUCUUCUUCUUCUAAUGUUUGCUUCCCCAAACUUGAGCAUAUUGACAUAUGGAGAUGUCAUAAAAUGAAAAGGGUGUUCUCAUAUUCUAUGGCUUCUCAUCAUUGUCCUUCACUAGAGAAGCUGAACAUAAAUGAUUGCUCUAAACUGGAGAGGGUUCUUGAUGAAGAAACGGCACAUGAUGGGAAUUGGUCGCUACCUCUUCUCAAACUAAAGGAAUUAGAUCUACAAAGGGUGCCGAAAUUGAGAGAGAUAUUUGGAGGAGCAUUAUUGGAGUGUCCGCAACAUAAAAAUGAAAACAAGAAAGCAAGGGCCGCGUAUUCAGAGUUGUGUUCUAUAUCUUUAGAUGAUCUGGAAGAGUUGGAAUACAUUUGGAAGGGUCCCACACAGAGCGUGAGCCUCCACAGACUUGACAGUGUUCACAUGUGGAAUUGUUCAAAGUUGAGGAAUAUUUUCACUCUUACAAUUGUCACAAGCCUUCCAGAAUUGAAGACAUUACUUGUAGAUUCCUGUGAGGAAUUGGAGGGAAUAUUUUGUGAAGAAUCACUUGAAAAUCUUUCUUCUUCUUCUAAUGUUUGCUUCCCCAAACUUGAGAAUAUUCUGAUAUGGAGAUGCAAUAAAAUGAAAAGGGUGUUCUCAUAUUCUAUGGCUUCUCAUCAUUGUCCUUCACUAGAGAACUUGGAAAUAGAGUAUUGCUCUGAACUGGAGGGGGUUGUUGAUGAAAAAGAAGCACAUGAUGGGGAUUGGCGGCUACCUCUUCUCAAACUGAAGGAAUUACAUCUAAGAGAGUUGCCAAAAUUGAGAGACAUAUUUGGAAGAGGAUUAUUGGAGUGUCCGCAACAACACAAAAAUGAGAAUAAGAGAGCAAGGGCCACGAAUUCAGAGUUGUGUUCUAUAGUUUUACGUGAUCUAGAAGAGUUGGAAUACAUUUGGAAGGGCUCCACACAAAGUGUGAGCCUCUAUAGACUUGAAGAGAACUUGGAAAUAGAUAAUUGCUCUAAACUGGAGAAGGUUGUUGAUGAAGAAGCAACACAUGAUGGGGAUUGGCCGCUACCUCUUCUCAAACUGAAGCAAUUAUCUCUAACGGAGUUGCCAAAAUUGAGAGAGAUAUUUGGAGGAGGAUUAUUGGAGUGUCAGCAACACAAAAAUGAGAAUAAGAGAGCAAGGGCUACAAAUUCAGAGUUGUGUUAUAUAUUUUUACGUGAUCUAAAAGAGUUGGAAUACAUUUGGAAGGGCCCCACACAGAGCGUGAGCCUCCAUAGACUUGGAAGUGUUGACCUGUGGAAUUGUCCAAAGUUGAGGAAUAUUUUCACUCUUGCAAUUGUCACAAACCUUCCAGAGUUGGAGAGAUUAGAAGUAGGGUCUUGUGAGGAAUUGGAAGGAAUAUUUUGUGAAGAAUCACUAGAAAAUCUUUCUUCUUCUUCUAAUGUUUGCUUCCCCAAACUUGAGACAAUUGAAAUAUGGAUGUCCCAUAAAAUGAAAAGGGUGUUCUCAUAUUCUAUGGCUUCUCAUCAUUGUCCUUCACUAGAGGGGUUGGGCAUAGGUGAUUGCUCUGAACUGGAAAGGGUUGUUGAUGAAGAAGCAGCACAUGAUGGGGAUUGGCGGCUACCUCUUCUCAAACUGAAGAAAUUAGAUCUGAGAGAGUUGCCGAAAUUGAGAGACAUAUUUGGAGGAGGAUUUUUGGAGUGUCCGCAACACAAAAACGAGAAUGAGAGAGCAAGGGGAGUGAAUUCAGAAUUAUGCUUUAUAUAUUUAGAAGAUAUAAAAGUGUUGGAAUGUAUUUGGAAGGGUCCCAUACAAAGUGUGAGCCUCCAUAAACUUGAAGAUGUUACAUUAACGAGUUGCCCAAAGUUGAGAAAUGUUUUCACUGUUGCUAUUGUUACAAGCCUUCCAGAGUUACGGUCACUUAAAGUUUCUUAUUGUGAGGAAUGGGAGGGAAUAUUCUGCGAUGAAUCACUCAGGCACCUUUCUUCUUCUAAUGUUUGCUUCCCUAAACUUGAGAAAAUUGAGAUAACCGCAUGCAACAAAGUGAAAUGGUUGUUCUCAUCAUAUUGUCUGGCUUCUCAUUGUCCUUCACUAGAGAGAAUACACAUAAAGGAUUGCUCUGAAUUUGAAAGGGUUGUUAAGAGAUGUGAAGGUGAAGUUGGUGAUCAUAAAAACCUGUUCCCCAAAUUGAAGAAAUUGAGUCUCAUUAAUUUGCCAAAGUUGAGAGAGAUAUAUGAAGGUUAUGAGUUCAACUUCCUAUUUGGUACUAUGCAUAUACAACAUUGUCCAAAUAUAAUUCUACCAGUGGAAUACAAUGCCUCAUCAGAAUUGGAAACUGAAUCGAAGACUGAAUUGAAGACUGAAUCAUAG